AUGGCGAUAAUCAGCACCCCCGACGUCUCCGAUGACGAGUUUGCAAUGGUCAAUUCGACCACCUCCGACAGCCCUGCCCCAGUCUCUUAUCAGACUCCCAAGCUCAUCAGCGGUCUCCAACCAAACCAGCAUCCCUCGAAAACAAAUUCAGACAGUGCUGGCGAUGCUGUUACCGAAAAGCCUUCUUCCUCUCGCAUUGAUGGUUCCAUUCUCGACUCACAGACAAAGGACGGCAGCCACACAGGAUUUUUCCAAGAUGUUACCGGCCUGAAGAACAGCGUAAAAUCGCUGUACAAGAAGUUCACCAGCAAAGAUAUAUUGAUUGCUGUCAUGGGGAUGACGGGAUCCGGAAAGACGACAUUCAUUGCAAAUGCGACCGGGCGGACAGACCUAAAGAUUGGUCAUAAUCUUACUUCAUGCACACAAGAAAUACAAAUCAUCGAGACGAUACUUGACGGCCGUACUGUCCGCUUUGUGGAUACCCCGGGCUUCUCCGACACAUAUCUCUCAGAUACCGAAGUCCUAGAAAUGAUCGCAAACUACCUGUCGGCAGGGUACUCCAAAGAAAUGCGCCUCUCAGGCAUAAUCUAUCUUCACCCCAUCUCAGAUAACCGUGUUACCCACCAUGCGACUAAAAAUCUUGACAUGUUUCGAAAACUAACGGGGGAGAAGAACCUCAAGAAUGUAAUACUGGCAACUAGCAUGUGGGACAAGGUUACCCCAGAGGAAGGCUUAAAUCGCGAGUUGGAACUCAGGAACAAAUUUUGGAGCGUAUUCAUAACAUUCGGUGCAAAAUACUGCCGACAAGAUACGUCGGCCAAGUCGGCUAAACAAAUCACAUCCAUGCUCAUGGAAAACGAGCCUUUUUAUCUGGAGCUGCAGGAGGAGAUGGGAAAAGACAACAAGGCGCUCAAAGACACAGCAGCAGGGAGGGAGAUUAUGAGCCAACUCUCACUACUCAAGGAACAACAACAAAGAGAGCUUACCGAGAUGAAGGAGAUGCUUUUGCGGACCGCCGCUGAGGAGAACAAGGCUGCUUUGGCUGCACUCGAAAAGCAUUAUAAGAAGAUGAUGCACGGCAUGGAAAAAACGAUAUCGGACGAGCGGCGGAUGAAUGAAGAGGCGGCCAGAUCAAGUGAUGAGAAGAUCAAGGAAUUAACGGAGAGAAUCCACAAGCUCGAGAAGAAAGGGUCAUGCGUUGUCAUGUAA